CACACACAAAAAAAAAAAAAAAAAAGAGUUCAUUUACUGAAGGUCUGAUGUACAUAUGUGAGGCUGUAGCGCCAUAAGAAUUCUUCUAAUUGUAUAACUAUAGCUCUUUACUUUUCAUUUGUCCAUACAACAAUCCUUUGAUAUUCCAAAUUAAAGCCAAUGACAACCACUACAAGAAGGUUAGAAGGGAAGGUAGCCUUGAUAACUGGAGCAGCAAGCGGAAUUGGGGAGUGUACUGCGAAACUCUUUGCUGAACACGGAGCGAAAGUAGUCAUCGCAGACAUUCAAGACCAACUUGGUCAAGCAGUUUGUGAGUCCAUAGGAUCAUCAAACUCAAUAUAUGUCCAUUGUGAUGUAACCAACGAAGAAGAUGUCAGAAAAGCAGUAGAUAUAGCAAUCGCCACAUACGGAAAACUUGAUAUCAUGUUUUGUAAUGCAGGAACAAUGGAUCCUAAUAAGGAUCACAUCAUCGAUAAUGAAAAAUCGGAUUUUGAACGUGUCCUUAGUGUCAACGUCACAGGUGUCUUUCUAAGCAUGAAACAUGCAGCUAGGGUUAUGGUUCCAGCAAGAGCUGGCUCAAUAAUAUCAACAGCUAGUGUUGUGUCAAAUAUCGGUGGCUUGUGCCCACAUGCUUACACUUGUUCAAAGCAUGCUGUAGCUGGUUUAACCAAGAAUCUGGCAGUUGAGCUUGGACAAUUUGGUAUUCGAGUCAAUUGUCUUUCACCUUACGCACUAGAUACACCACAAGCCACAGGUUUCACUGGGCUUAAAGGGGAGGAUUUCAAGAACAAGGUAAACUCAGUUGCAAACCUUAAGGGUGUGACACUUACAACAGAUGAUGUUGCUAAAGCUGCCCUUUUUUUGGCGAGUGAUGAGGCUAAGUAUAUUAGUGGACAUAAUUUGUUUAUUGAUGGUGGAUUUAGCAUUGUUAACCCAUCAUUCAAUAUGUUUCAAUAUCCAGAGAACCCUUUAUAAAUUGAGGUGAUUUACAUACAUUUAUGUUGAGAGUGGUGGAUUAAUGCUUAAUGUUGUUUUUGUGUCUGCUUUCAAUUUUCUUUUGUGCAUUGGUCCCACCAAAUUGAGGUGCCUGUGAUGACUGAUGAUAACUCACCCAAGUUAGGGGUUUGAGUGCAGAAAAAUGAGAAGAAUUGAUACGAACCCAUAAGUAUUGCUAAGAAACUCAAUAGCUUAUUCCCAACAUAGUCAAUUCUUAUUGAAUUAAAGAAUCAGAUUGUUUUUAAAUACUUUUACAAGAAAAAUCCUCACUACAAACCACCUACACUGCUCUCAAUACUAUUCUAAAUUUCUAAUCACUUAAUCUGAAACUAAGAACAACCGAACAUAUAAAAACCUUAAAGAUUACAACAAUACAUAGAGAAAAAUAUGAGAAGAG